GUCAUCAACAGUAAGACAGCCAUGCAGCAUAUAUCAGAGUCAGUGUUUGUGGGACUGUGUCAUAAAGUGGGGACCUCUCAACUGGUGGCCAUGAGGAGAGAUGUGCUGGACAUCAAUGAGGUGGUGGAAAAACAAGUGAAAACAAGUGAUGAUGAGUACAGUGUGUUGUUGAGUGGAAGUUACAGAGAAGGAUUUAGACUGGAAGGAUCAGAUAUAGACAUGAUGUUUUGGUUAAAUAAUCACCGUGUGAUCUGGAAUUUAUCUCAGUCUCAGUAUUACAACACACACAGACAUACACUGAUCCUCUAUGACUGUUCCGAUAGUCCACCAGGAUUCACUUUGCUAUAUUUACUGACGCCAAGUAUCAACAUAGUUGCCCAACUAGCUUGUAUUAGAAUGAAUAACAAACAUUGCAUAUCUAGUUCUAUAUACAGACAGAUCAUGUGUUCCGCAUCACCAUCUAAUACUAUUCCACAUGGACUAUGUUCCAGUGGAACGUCUAGAAAACUCGAUUAUGAUAAUGCUCACAGUUUUGUUUGUGACUUUUGGCAUCCAUCUGCCUCCUCAUGGAUAGACAGAUGUCACUCAUGGCCCCAGUCUCGUAUUGUAAAUGAUAUAGUGAAAAAUGGAUGUCACUUUGUAGCGAUCGGACAUAAGGUAGGAUGUCAUGAAGACCAUGAAUGGAGAAUUUCUUUCUCUCUGGCAGAACAGAAACUUGUGUAUGCAAUGAGCCACUGUCAAUUCUUAACUUAUGGCUUACUUAAAUUGUUCUUAACAGAAAUAAUUAGCAGUGAUGUAGGUGAAGAUGAUAAAUUACUGUGUUCCUAUCACUUGAAGACUGCAGUUUUCUGGGCGAUUCAACAAAAUACAAUAGCUCACUGGUGUCCAGAAAAUCUCCUGGAAUGUUUCUGGGUCUGGUUUCAACUCAUCCUCAAAUGGGUGUAUGAGGGGGUCUGUCCUAAUUUCUUCAUCCCAGAAAAUAACAUGUUUCUGAGUAAAAUUUACGGUGAAGCACAAAAUCAAUUAUUUAUCAGAUUGUAUGGGUUGUAUGAGAAGGGUAUAGCAUUCCUGCUACACAGUCCCUCCAAUAGGUCUUCUAUUAUAAAUGGCCUCCAUAACCCCAGACUCUCCAUCUGUACAGAUGAGCAUACUCUAAUUUCUGAGGUUGAUUUUGAUGUUAAUCUUUUUUCAGAGAUACACCGUUCUGGUACAUUACACAAAUUGAACUUACAAAGGUGUAUGAGGUAUCUACAUACAAUAGAACGGUCGUUGGGUUUACUUAAUAUGACACCCUAUCAAGUCCUUAUGCUACAGAAACUUACAGCUUCUGAUCUUCAGAAAGCAGCCCUUUUAUUGCAAAUGAAGACUUGCACACAAGAAAACAAAUUGAGGUAUAGAGCUGACAAAUUCUCCUGUCACAUGCUGAAUUUAGCAGCCAAGUUUGGUUGUAUUACUGACAUGAUGUUUAUAGCCAUGUAUUAUUACAAGACCCUAAGAUACAUUAAAGUUUUAUCUAUUAUAGAGAUGAUCAAGGUCAAGUUAGCACAGCCAUAUGUGAUGUAUAACUUUAAAGUAGAUACAGAGAUGUAUACUGAGGCUGUAGGGGGACAUUCAUGGUCUACAAAGAUGAGACAGGCUGUAGCAUGGAAUAUUGAACCUGAAAAUAAAAUCCAUUACAUCAAUGAAUUGAUACCAGAACAACAGUGUGCUCUACAGAACCAUUUCCCUGCAUAUAUUGUCCCAUCUUUAACACUAAUGUACAUGCUAGAGAUCUUGUGUUACAGACAUGUAGACACAAUGAGAGCACAAACAGCUCUAGAUGAUCUACAGACCCUGGUUCACUAUGAUCACAGACAGCUUAUACCUUUAGAUUACAGGGACAUAUCCUGGCAGAUUUUGGGGAUCUGUCAACAGUUGACAGGGAACCUCCAGGCUGCUCUAUACUCAUACCAACAAUCUCUCAGACAAGAUCAUGUCCACAAUAUACAAACAGCUACAGAAAUGAGAAUACAGGAAAUAUGUCAAUGGAAUCGCUAAAUCAAUUAUACUAUUAUUAUUUUUCCUCUAUUAAGAAUACUAAAAUGUUAAUGGCUCGUGAAGGAAUAAUAUUUGAUCAAAUUAACCUCAAGGUAAUGUUUUUACACUGCAAAAAAUUAAAAACAUAACAUGAAAUAUGUAUUGUAUGUGUAUAAGCAAUAAAAUAAAUGAACAUGUCAUCAAA